AUGGAAGUUUUUCAUUUAUUUGUAUUUACUCUAUCUUGGGUUUAUCCUGUGCUUGCCAAUAAAGGCUCAAUAGUGAAGAAAUUCGAGGGCACUGUAAGAUGUAAGAGCGAUGGAGAUCUCAAUGGGAAAGGUCGAUUGGUAAGCAGUAUGAAACUGACAAGGAAAGUGCACCAAGUGUUCCAACUCCGACACGGAUUUUGCUCGGAUUUUCUUCAAAUUUUGAACAUAAAAUGAGCCUAGGCCACACAUUAAUUCCUGAAAAUCUCAGAUCGCGUAUUGCACGGUAAUAUAGGAGAUACGGGACUCUCCCUCGACCGGAGUACUCGCCAGGCAUGUCUCAUACAGAUUGCUACUUUUCCAAGAAUGUAAUGGGUUGCAUCCGUGGUAGGGACUUUAUCAAUCAAGACCCUGUUGAAUGGGCCUUCAAAAGUUUCAUCGGCUCUAGAAGCCGGGGUUUCGUAGCGACUGGCAAAAAAAUGCUUUCAACGCGUUGAAAUAAGUGUGUUAUAACAGAUGGAGAUUAUUUUGAUAAAAAAUAUCAUCGUUAUUACGGUAAAUUUCUUUGUACAAAAAUUUCUUUGAAGAACGACAUUACUUGUUGGACAACCUAAUAGAACGUAAAAUGAAGAGAGUUUAGAGCGAAACCGCAAAAAAUUCUCAAUUUUUGCUUACUUUUCACCAAAACCCCUGUGAUACAAAAAAAAUUUCAGACUUUUUUGGUGACGAUUCUCGAUUAUAAACCAUGGUAAGCCCAAGGAUUACCAGUUAUGAUCGUAUCGGAUUUACAGUCGGAGUUUAGAAAUAUGGGACAGGAUCACCGGGAAAUGCGCUAAUUAUGUUUAUCAAAACCAAUUUGUUUACGGUAACACCGCUCUCGAAAAAGACCUUCUUCAGAGCCAAAAGUUGAUGUGCAAACUGGACGAUUCGUAGCCAGCUACAAUGCCGUCAAGGACAACGCCGAGGUUAAGGGAAUAUUAAUGUGAGAACACCAUAUUUGGGCUCAAAUCUCCAACAUUUUAUAUUGCAUUUUCAGCUCACACGAGUGCAAUAAUUACUGUUUAGUUCACAAUGUAACAAAUUUUGGGAAUCUCGACAAUAUGCAGAUUACGUUGGGGGAUGAAGAGAGCGGCGAUAAACCUGCUUACAGUAAGAUAAAUUGAAUCGUAAUUGAAGAAAAAUGCGUUUCAGGUUUUCGAAAUGAAGGCCUCUACUUUUGCAAUGGAGAAAAAUAUUAG